UCUCGGUCGGAGUUCAUGGAUCCCCAGGCUAGAGGAGAACCGCCGGCCUCCGAAGGCUCGUCCAACUCGGCGCCGACGGCUAGGAAGAGGACUCCGGGGAGGUGGAGAAGGAUCCCACGCGCCCACCCCUUCACGCCGAGUGAAACGGCGGAAGAAGCGGAAUUGUCGAUGCUGAAAAACGCCGAGUUCAUAGAGAACAUGCGCGAGGAGGACUGCGAUCUGCUCACGGAGCAGGACGGGCUCGACUUCCACGCCUUCAAGAAGAAGAUGGUCCCAGCCAUGAGCCUCAUCGCCAAGUCCACGCUCCAAACACCUUCUUCAACCCCAUACAAUUCAGCGACACAAAGGAGGAGCACCUGACCGCCGAGGGCAUGGAGGCACAAAUACUAGCACGAUUUCCUGAUCGCAAGCCUUGCCAGCAAGCUAAAGACUUUGCUGAACUUGCUCUGGCGCACUACAAUGAGAAGAACAAAACGAGUGAGUUUGAGUUGGCCAUGACUCUGCUAUCGAAUUGCUUCUCUGAGUCGUGUGGGGACAUUUAUGGCCAUGUUAAUUUCACCGCCGUUCCUCAGAAGCAGUCUGCCAUAGUGCCUGCAUCAAAGACCAAGAGACUGUUCUUUGCUGAGCUUAUGCAUACUCCGAGCCUUGAAGCAUAUGCAAGGGCUCAGCCUAUGCGCGUGCUGCGUGUGUGCACCAUUGAUGAUGAUUCUUGUUAUGGUGGGUGCCAUGAGAUAUUUAGAAAGAUUGAUCACAAGAGGAGUGACGACAUGGAUUACGAGCGUUGUCAUGCAUGGAUAAUGUCAUGGGGCCAAAAGGUCAUCGAUGCUAAAUAA